CUAACUUUUGUUGGUUUUCUACGCCUCUCGAGCUCUGCAACUUUUCUUUUCUCUCUUUGUAUCAACACAACACCAAAGUUCAGUCAUGUCGGACGAAGACCACGACUUCGAGUCGAAGGCCGAUGCCGGAGCUUCAAAGACAUAUCCUCAGCAGGCCGGGACCAUCCGUAAGAACGGAUACAUUGUCAUCAAAGGAAGACCCUGCAAGGUUGUGGAGGUUUCAACUUCCAAGACUGGCAAGCAUGGUCAUGCUAAGUGCCACUUUGUUGGAAUUGAUAUUUUCAACGCUAAGAAGCUUGAAGAUAUUGUGCCAUCUUCCCAUAACUGUGAUGUUCCCCAUGUCUCUCGUACUGACUACCAAUUGAUUGAUAUUUCUGAAGAUGGAUUUGUGAGUCUGUUGACUGAAAGUGGCAACACUAAGGAUGAUCUGAGACUCCCUACUGAUGAAACUUUGCUUGCCUCAAUCAAAGAAGGUUUUGCUGAGGGGAAGGACCUUGUUGUGACUGUAAUGUCUGCAAUGGGAGAAGAACAGAUCUGUGCUCUCAAGGACAUUGGCCCCAAGUAGUUUUUGUUUGGUUUGGAUACUGUUGUUGCAAUUUGAGGUGAAGAUUUUUACAAGGAUUCUUACGUCUUUGCCAAUUUUAGACCGAGAAGUAUAGUUGUAUAUCCUGUUUUAAUUUUUGAUUGGAUUUGAGAACCUGAGUUCAAGUUUCGAGCGAUGAAUACUCAACCGGCGUGGUAUUGGAUUGUGUUGUGGGCCUUUACCCAUUUACAGAACUUUGUUUUUGGUAGCAGCAGCUUUA